AUGUCGACCGCCCCCGCCUACAAUGAGGAUAAGGGAGGCUCUGCGGGCCCAGGGGAGCCCGAAUACGGCCACGACCCGGCCAGCGGCGGCAUCUUCUCCUCGGACUACAAGCGGCAUGAUGACCUGAAGGAGAUGCUGGACACCAACAAGGAUUCCCUCAAGCUGGAGGCCAUGAAGAGGAUUGUGGCGAUGAUCGCCCGGGGAAAGAACGCCUCAGACCUGUUUCCCGCUGUGGUGAAGAAUGUGGCCUGUAAGAACAUAGAGGUGAAGAAGCUCGUCUACGUGUACCUGGUGCGCUACGCUGAGGAGCAGCAAGACUUGGCCCUGCUGUCCAUUUCCACCUUCCAGCGCGGCCUAAAGGACCCCAACCAGCUGAUUCGUGCCAGUGCCCUGCGGGUCCUCUCCAGCAUCCGCGUGCCCAUCAUAGUGCCCAUCAUGAUGCUGGCCAUCAAGGAAGCUGCCUCGGACAUGUCGCCCUACGUGCGGAAAACCGCUGCCCACGCCAUCCCUAAACUCUACAGUCUGGACUCUGACCAGAAGGACCAGCUGAUAGAGGUCAUUGAGAAGCUCCUGGCCGACAAGACCACGCUCGUGGCGGGCAGCGUGGUGAUGGCCUUCGAGGAGGUGUGCCCGGAGCGCAUCGACCUGAUUCACAAGAACUACCGGAAGCUCUGCAACCUGCUCAUCGACGUGGAGGAGUGGGGCCAGGUGGUCAUCAUCAGCAUGCUCACCCGCUACGCGCGCACGCAGUUCCUGAGCCCCACCCAGAACGAGUCCCUUCUGGAGGAGAACCCCGAGAAAGCCUUCUACGGCUCAGAGGAGGACGAGGCCAAGGGCCCAGGGUCGGAGGAGGCGGCCACCGCGACGCUGCCCGCCAGGAAGCCCUACGUGAUGGACCCCGACCACCGGCUGCUGCUGCGCAACACGAAGCCACUGCUGCAGAGCCGCAGCGCCGCGGUGGUCAUGGCGGUGGCGCAGCUCUACUUCCACCUGGCGCCCAAGGCCGAGGUGGGCGUCAUCGCCAAGGCGCUGGUGCGCCUGCUGCGCAGCCACAGUGAGGUGCAGUACGUGGUGCUCCAGAAUGUGGCCACCAUGUCCAUCAAGCGCCGGGGCAUGUUCGAGCCCUACCUGAAGAGCUUCUACAUCAGGUCCACCGACCCCACCCAGAUCAAGAUCCUGAAGCUGGAAGUGCUGACCAACCUGGCCAAUGAGACCAACAUCCCGACGGUCCUGCGGGAAUUCCAGACCUACAUCCGAAGCAUGGACAAGGACUUUGUGGCAGCCACGAUCCAGGCCAUUGGACGCUGUGCUACUAACAUAGGCCGAGUCCGUGACACCUGCCUCAACGGCCUGGUGCAGCUGCUGUCCAACCGCGAUGAGCUGGUGGUCGCAGAGUCAGUGGUGGUCAUCAAGAAGCUGCUGCAGAUGCAGCCGGCCCAGCACGGAGAGAUCAUCAAGCACUUGGCGAAGCUCACGGACAACAUCCAGGUGCCCAUGGCCCGAGCCAGCAUCCUGUGGCUCAUCGGUGAGUACUGUGAGCACGUCCCCAAGAUUGCCCCCGACGUCCUGAGAAAGAUGGCCAAGUCCUUCACAGCAGAGGAAGACAUUGUCAAGCUGCAGGUCAUCAACCUGGCGGCCAAGCUCUACCUGACCAACUCCAAGCAGACCAAGCUGCUGACCCAGUAUGUGCUGAGUCUGGCCAAGUACGACCAGAACUAUGACAUCCGCGACCGCGCACGCUUCACCCGGCAGCUCAUCGUCCCUUCGGAGCAGGGCGGGGCCCUCAGCCGCCACGCCAAGAAGCUCUUCCUGGCACCCAAGCCGGCUCCCGUCCUGGAGUCGUCCUUCAAAGACCGGGACCACUUCCAGCUGGGCUCACUGUCCCACCUGCUCAAUGCCAAGGCCACAGGCUACCAGGAGCUGCCAGACUGGCCAGAGGAAGCCCCGGACCCGUCCGUGCGCAACGUGGAGGUACCUGAAUGGACCAAGUGCUCAAAUCGGGAGAAGAGGAAGGAGAAGGAGAAACCCUUUUACUCAGACUCUGAGGGGGAGUCGGGCCCCACGGAGUCUGCAGACAGCGACCCAGAGUCCGAGAGCGAAUCGGACAGUAAGAGCAGCAGCGAGAGCGGCUCUGGGGAGUCGAGCAGCGAGUCCGACAAUGAAGAUCAGGAUGAGGACGAGGAGAAGGGGCGGGGCAGUGAGAGUGAGCAGAGUGAGGAAGAAGGUGAGAAGAGCAAGAUGAAGAAGAGAAAGAAGGUGACGAAGGGACAAGCCGAAGGCUCGUCCUCGGACGAGGGCAGCGAUUCCAGCAGUCCCUCGUCAGAGUCGGAGAUGUCAUCCGAGACUGAGGAGGAGCAGGCGGAACCUGUGUCCUGGAGGAAAAAGGCACCUUCCAGCAGCAAAAGCGCCCCUGCCGCCAAGGAGGUGUCCCUGCUGGAUCUAGAGGACUUCAACCCUCCCAGCAUCCAGCCGGUGUCUCCCGCCGCGGCUGUGUCCACUAGUCUGGCCGCAGACCUGGAGGGCCUGACACUCACUGACUCCCCACUGGUGCCCUCGCUGCUGAGCCCAGUGUCGGGGGUUGGGAGGCAGGAGCUCCUGCACCGUGUAGCGGGUGAGGGGCUGGCCGUGGACUACACCUUCAGCCGCCAGCCGUUCUCCGGGGACCCCCACAUGGUGUCUCUGCACAUCCACUUCUCCAACAGCUCUGAGACCCCCAUCAAGGGCCUGCGUGUGGGCACCCCCAAACUGCCUGCUGGCAUCAGCAUCCAGGAAUUCCCUGAAAUCGAGUCCUUGGCACCCGGAGAGUCUGCCACUGCUAUCAUGGGCAUUGAUUUCUGUGACUCGACCCAGGCGGCCAACUUCCAGCUGUGCACCCAGACUCGACAGUUCUACGUCUCCAUUCAGCCACCUGUUGGGGAGCUGAUGGCCCCUGUGUUCAUGAGUGAGAAUGAGUUCAAGAAGGAGCAGGGAAAGCUGACGGGCAUGAAUGAGAUCACAGAGAAGCUCACGCUGCCCGACACCAGCCGGAGUGACCACACUGUGGUGCAGAAAGUGACCGCCACUGCCAACCUGGGUCGUGUCCCUUGUGGGACGCCUGAUGAGUACAGGUUUGCAGGGAGGACCCUGACCAGUGGGAGCUUGGUCCUGCUGACCCUGGAUGCGCGGCCCACUGGACCUGCCCAGCUGACAGUCAACAGCGAAAAGAUGGUGAUCGGCACCAUGCUGGUGAAGGAUGUGGUACAGGCUCUGACCCAGUGACUCCCAAGUGCUCUGACUUCUUUGACCCCCCCCUUGUUCCUCCCUCAUGACGUCUGGGCUAUUAGAGACCCCCCUCGAGGAUUCCUCAUGCCAGACAGCACGCAGGGCUCCUCCCUCCCUCCGUCGUCACCAGGUCCCUCCCAGGGCCUCCCUGUGGGCUCCUCGGUGACUUCAGUGUGCAGGGGGAGACAGCACUGCUCCCUGGUCCCCAGCUCUCUAUAGCUCUUUAUGUA